AUGGGUAUGUUUUUGCAAAAAAGGGGAGGAGAGGAGUGUUAUCGGCGCGGGCAACCCGUGUGCCUGCAGCAUUUGGUUGGUGCACGGGUCACUCCAUUGCCCUUUCUUUGCUCUAGGAUCAUCCUGGAGCAAAGUGAAGGGACUCGCUGGGUGCUGGUGUGCUCCUCUAGCCAAUGUGAUGCCAUGUAUCGGGAGGUCAAUCUGGCGGUCCUUGUGCUGCCAUGGAUUGACUGCCAGUCAGUCUGGGUGUGUGACCGUGCCAUCCUGUACUGA